CACAUCUUGGGAAGAAACGAGAGAAUCAAGCCCCGGCCAGAGAGAUUUCAAGAGUGCAGCGAUCGCUUCGAUGUCAUCUUUACGUGCGAGGAGAGCGUCUAUGACAGAGUGGUGGCAGAUCUGUGUGCCAGAGAACAAGAGACCUUGCAGCCCGUGCACGUGGUCAACGUGGACGUGAAAGACACCUUGAGGGGCGCCGCCCUUGGAGCUGUCAUCAUCUGUGAGCUCUGCCAGGGUCUGCAGGACGUGGAAGACUUGGAAGGCGAUCUGGACAAGCUGCUCCUGGCAGUGGAGAAGAAAACAGGAAAGAGCUUUCUUCACACUGUCUGCUUCUACUGA